AUAGAUAGAUAGAUAGAUGAUAGAGGUACAAUAGAUAGAUAGACAGACAGACAGAUAGAUAGAUAGAUAGAGAGAUAGACAGAGAUGGACGGACGGACAGACAGACAGAUAGAUGAUAGAAAAGAGUGAGAGACAGAUAGAUAGAUAGAUGGAUAGAUAGAUAGAUGAUAGAGGUACAAUAGAUAGAUAGAUAGAUAGACAGAUAGACAGACAGAUAGAUAGAUAGAUAAAUGAUAGAGGUACAGUAGAUGAUAGAUAGAUAGAUAGAUGGAUGGAUAGAUGAUAGAGGUACAAUAGAUAGAUAGAUAGAUGAAUGAUAGAUAGAUAGAUAGAUAGAUGGAUAGAUGAUAGAGGUACAAUAGAUAGAUAGAUAGAUAGAUAGAGGUACAGUAGAUGACAGAUAGAUAGAUAGAUAGAUAGAUAGAUAGAUAGAUGAUAGAGGUACAAUAGAUAGAUAGAUAGAUAGAUAGAGGUACAGUAGAUGACAGAUAGAUAGAUAGAUAGAUAGAUAGAUAGAUAGAUAGAUGAUAGAGGUACAAUAGAUAGAUAGAUAGAUAGAUAGAAUAGAAAGUGUCAGACAUAUAUUUUUCAUCUUCUUUUAAACAUAAAUCUUUAUAAAGGUAACAUUUUAUUUCUAAUUUUCUAACAGUUUUUUUUUUUUUUUUUUUUUUGUGCAAGGAUGCACUGUGACAUCAUUAGUAUAUUAUUAACCAUAAUGUUCAUUAAGGUCAGACAUGCAAGCAAUUAGUCCAUAUGGUGAAGUCUCAUCCAUGUGCUAUUAUCUCUGAAUGCCAAAUGACUGAAUCAUAUUCACCAGACUUUCUUAUCGCACGACUAUAUGAAUAAGACCACACAGGCUUCUGGUGAUAUGAUUAUAGGCCAGUUUCACCCAUUAAAAUGGGAUUCUAUAUAACUUCACACACACACAUACAGACACAACAAUCAGUUAAUUUCUCGCUUACACAUCCUCGUCUUAUCAAUGUUUGAAAUGUCACCGGGGCACCUCCUGUCGUGAGAGGUCAGUUAAUCCAGGCUGCACUCUGUUUGCUUUUCUCCCCUGCAGUGCCACAGACUGUAACUCUUAGUUGUGUAUUAAGAAAAAGUAUGUGAACCCUUUGGAAAUACCUGCAUUUUUGUAUAUAUUUGUUUUAAAAUCUGGUUUGAUCUUCAUCUAAGUUACAAUAAUGAACAAACACAAUCUGUUUUAACUAAUAACACUCAAAUUAUUGUAUUAUUCUUUUACAUACUGAAUACAUCAUUCAAACAAAGUUCAGUAAAAAGUUAUCUCGAAGAGAUUAGAUAUUCAUCUGUCCACAGUUAGACAAACUGUCUAUAAAUGGAGAUGAUUUAGUACUAUGGGUACUCUCACUAGAAGUGGCCGUCCAGCCAAGAUGACUCAAAGGACACACCGCAGAAUGCUCAAUGAGGUAAAAAAGAACCCUAGAGUGACAGAUAAAGACUUGAAGGAAUCACUGGAACUGGUUAACAUCUCUGUUCAUGAGUCUACUAUACAGAAAACAUUAAACAGAUAUGGUGUCCAUGGCAGGACAACACGAAGGAAGCCGCUGCUUUCCAAUAAAAACCAAGCUGCCAAGCAAAGCCAUUGCUUCAGCUAAUUACAAAGGGUUCACAUACUUUUUCUUGCCACUGUAUGUAUGUGUUACCAUGAACUUUUGGAUGUUGAUAAGAGGUUAGACACUAAACUGACUGAGGUCAGUAUAUCGGUUGAUUUACUGUCAUCUAUUGUCCAGAUGAAAUGCAAUGUUUAGAAGAACUACAGUGCACUAAACACUAAAGAAAGGCACUUCUAUGGAAUUACCGUGUUGUUGUUGUUUUUGUACCAUGGUAAUAUCCUUUUUUUUUUUUUUUAGACUUGUUCCAUCUUAAGAUAUGCCACUAGAUUCCAUCUAUUCUACUUAUUUUGCACUUUUAACCUACCAUUGUGUGUGAAAGUGUGUGAGAGUGUGUGAGUGUGUGUGUGUGUGAGUGUGUGUGUGAGUGUGUGUGAAAGUGUGUGUGUGUGUGUGUGUGUAUGUGUGUGUGUGUGUGUAUGUGUGAGUGUGUGUGUGUGUGAGUGUGUGUGUGUGUGUGUGUGUGUGUGUGUGAGUGUGUGUGUGUGUGUGUGUGUGUGUGUGUGAGUGUGUGUGUGUGUGAGUGUGUGUGUGAGUGUGUGUGAAAGUGUGUGUGUGUGUGUGUGUAUGUGUGUGUGUGUGUGUAUGUGUGAGUGUGUGAGAGUGUGUGUGAGUGUGUGUGUGUGAAAGUGUGUGUGUGUGUGAGUGUGUGUGUGUGUGUGUGUGUGUGUGUGUGUGUGUGUGAAAGUGUUUGUGUGUGUGUGAGAGUGUGUGAGUGUGAGUGUGUGUGAGUGUGUGUGUGUGUGUGUGUGUGAGUGUGUGUGUGUGUGAAAGUGUGUGUGUGUGAGUGUGUGUGUGUGUGAGUGUGUGUGUGAGUGUGUGUGAAAGUGUGUGUGUGUGUGUGUGUGUGUGUAUGUGUGUGUGUGUGUGUAUGUGUGAGUGUGUGAGAGUGUGUGUGAGUGUGUGUGUGUGAAAGUGUGUGUGUGUGUGAGUGUGUGUGUGUGUGUGUGUGUGUGUGUGUGUGUGAAAGUGUUUGUGUGUGUGUGAGAGUGUGUGAGUGUGAGUGUGUGUGAGUGUGUGUGUGUGUGUGUGUGAGUGUGUGUGAGUUGCAAAUUUACCAUUCAUUCCCUCAUACUGUGCGAUUAGACUGUGUGUAAGGCAACAGAAAGGUCAGGUGUGAUGAGAUUAGGUUGCUGCAUUUGACAUCACCUCCACAGAAGUGCACAGGUUAUUUACAGAAGUGUUGGGCCGAGUCUUUGUCUUCCUAAAGGUCUCUGCCCCAAUAUCACAGUCUAUCUGAAUGACACGCAAACAGCUUAGGUCAGAGAGAGGGUCUCUAGCCCCUAUAAAAGAUACACCGGGCCAGCAGAGAAGAUGUGUGACCACCUUCCAAUCCAAGAGAGAAAACAAGAAGAUUUUGCACUACACCUUCAUCACCUGUUCUCAUUCUUUGGUUUCUGGGCAAACUUACAUCCCACUCUUUAGUUGUCAUCAUGUAUAAAGCUGCAUUUCUCACUCUCACCCUGCUGCUGGCGCUCGUGGGCAGCGCCCAGGCUACAGAGGGUCACCCCAUCUACGGAGUGAAGCUGUGCGGCAGAGAAUUCAUUCGAGCGGUCAUCUUCACCUGUGGAGGCUCUCGCUGGAGGAGAUCUCUGGAUGUGUCAGGUGACCUGUCCAGUGAUUUGCUCUCUGCUCAUGAUGAUGAAGCCUCUGACAGCUGGAGCACCAACCCCAUCACUGCACUCUCAUACAGACCCCGUCCUCAGUCAGAGGCCCCCGGCUGGGCAAGAGAGGGCCAGGAGGGCCCCGUGUUCAGCCGCCCCGCCCGCUCACUCAUCUCAGAGGAAGUGCUGGAGGCCUUGCGCACAUCAGACAGGAAGGGGCGGGACGUGGUGGUUGGUCUGUCCAACGCCUGCUGUAAAUGGGGUUGCAGUAAAAGUGAGAUCAGCUCGUUAUGUUAAAGGACUAUUUGUUCAAAUAUCUACAUCCUUCCUUCUACCUCUUUUUCAACCUUCUCAUAAGUGAAGAAUGAAGGUGUAGAGGUCAUAAGGGUGUGGAUGGUUGUUCUUAGUAUGAAAUAUUGAAAAUAUACUUGUUAAAACUGAUUGCCUUGUGUCAAAUAUGAAGGAAUAGCAGAAUUUUGCCAAAGUGAAGUGCCUGUCUGUGUUUCUGUCAGUCACUAUGUUCAAAAUAAUCUCACCAUGUCUACCCUUGUGAUGUUCUUGUGUGGUCACUGAUGUAGUAACAGCAAUCUGGAAUAAAUUUUGUUUGCGAUAGACUUCAGCGUAAUGUUGU